AUGGUAUUUGGAACGGUGCUAAGUUUAACGACAACGCUUUCUUUAUCGUGCCUUUAUGGACCGCCAUAUUGUCUCAAUGGAACAUUGCCUUCAUAUCCGCCACCAAUUAUCGAACAUGGACAUUCCAAUCAAACGUUAAUGGUUGGUGCUUCAGCAACAUUACCUUGUGCAGCAAGCGGACGCAGUAUACCUCAGAUUAGUUGGUUAAAAAAUGGUGAACAAAUUGACCUAGAAGAUGCGAACUUUGAAACACGUUUCAGGCAACUUUCUUCCGGAUCAUUGCAGAUUGAUGAGUUAAAGAAGAGUGAUACCGGUGUUUAUACAUGUCGAGCGCGUAAUCAGGAUGGUGAAUCCACAUGGACGGCAUCUCUAGUCGUUGAAGAACACACCAAUCCAUCGGUUACAUUUACUCGUAUGCCAAACUUAUCUGCUUUCCCAUCUGCACCGGGCAAACCGUUGCUGCAAAAUGUUACUGAAGAUAGCGUUGAUCUGGAAUGGUCUGUUCCAGAAAGGAGUGGCGUUGCUUCGGUUAAUGGCUAUCUUUUACAGUAUUUCAGUCCAGAAAUGGGCCAAACCUGGUUUAAUGUCCCUGACUACAUUUCUGGUCCGAGAUAUCAUCUAAGGAACUUAAAAUCUUCACAUUCAUACGUUUUCAUCGUUCGUGCAGAAAAUUCUGAAGGUAUUGGUCCACCAUCGCCAAUGAGUGAUGCUAUUCAAACUAAGCCGCAGAAGGAGCAAAACGAACGUGAAAUGACAAAUGAGGAUAUGGAUUUAGACACUGCUCGGGAACGGAUUGCUUCAGAACAGCUAAUCAAAUUAGAUGAAGCAACAACUGUCAAUGCUACGGCUGUGAAAUUGAGUUGGAAGCGUCGAAGAAAUGAACCAUUAGUGGAAGGUUAUUAUAUCAAGUGGAGAGCAGUACCAACAACAUCAGGUCAGAAACAGGCUGGGACUAGUGGCAUCGACAGCCACUGGGUGAAUAUUUCCAAACCAAACGUUGAUACUUACAUUGUGAAUGGUUUACGUCCUUUUAAAAAUUACGAAUUUUUUGUGAUUCCAUAUCACAAAACCGUUCAGGGUAUGCCGAGUAACUCGUUGAAUGGAGCUACUAGCGAAGCAUCACCUACUUCACCUCCAACAGAUGUACGUGUUCGAAUGAUGAAUUUAACGACGUUAAGAAUUUCGUGGCGUCCACCACCUGCGGAUGGAAUAAAUGGAAUUCUAAAGGGUUUCCAGAUUAUCGUGCUAGGUAGUGGUGCUAAAUAUAAUCGAAACAUUACAACAAAUGAACGUGCAGCAAGCGUUACGUUAUUUCAUCUGAUACCUGAGAUGACUUAUGGAGUUAAAGUUGCAGCACGAAGUAACGCUGGUGUUGGAGUUUAUCAUGGCCUUGAAGCUGUCACCAUGAAUGAAGCAACACUGCGGGAACACAUUCAGUUAAUGAGUGGAAUUUCGUCUAGUGAUCGUUUGCUACAUAUUAUCAAAAGACCUUGGUUUAUUGCUACUGCUGGCGUAUUAAUAUGGAUUACAUUCAUCGCCCUCAUCACUUUUAUAUGGUGGAGAUGGCGAAAAUCGAAGGGUAAAGCUGCUGCUCGAUUAGGUAUGCCAUUUAUUAAAAUAAACGAUGGCAGUGUUCAUCUAACAGCGCGAGAUGCCUUAUGGAUGGAUCAUCCGAAUUUUAAUUCAGCACAACGUUCCCUUUUAAAUAGUUCCUUAAACGGUGCACAUUGUAACGGGCCGCCAAUUUAUACACAAACUCCGCAUCAAACCGAUUUUUAUCUGGAUGGCCAAAUAUUACAUCGUGAUGCGUCGGCACAUAUGCUGGGGACUAUGGAUCGAGCUCAGUCACCUAACCAUUAUCAUUAUGCUGCACUUACUGCUGGCGGUGCAUCCAGUUUAUCAACAUUCUAUGGUGGUCAUCAAGUCCUGGAUGAUCCUUCCCCGUAUGCAACGACGACUCUAGUGAUGGGCAACAGACAAAGAUGGUUAAAGGAUCAUAUGCUUCGGGCUCCAAUGCCUCCUUCCAAUCCGGUUCCUUCUGCUCCUCCACUACGCUUCAAGGAGAGUGGAAAACACCAUAAUACCUUGGGCGAACGACGGUCUCCUUUUGUUGAUAGUAAGAUGCGCUCUAUUGGUCAUCAUCAUUCGGGAAGUCCUCCGCAUACCGACGUUUCUUAUGUACAGUCCUCUGAUGGUACUGGAGGUACAUCGUUUUUCAAUGUUUCUUGGCAAAAUGAGCUUAUGUAUCCUUUUGUCAUGAAAGUUUGUGAUUGA